AUGUCCUGCGGGCGGUUUUGUUUUCUUGUGCCCUUUCUGGCAGCGCUGCUGGUUGCUGGCGAAGAAAAAGUGGAUGGUCCUGUGAUCGGAAUCGAUUUGGGAACCACCUUUUCCUGCGUGGGCAUCGUGGCUCCUCACGGCUUGGUGGAGAUCAUCCCGGGGCCUUCGGGGCAGCGGCUGCUGCCCUCGCAGGUCGCCUUUGAGGAAGAUGGGACCGUGCUGGUGGGCGAAGCCGCGACCUCAGCCGGCGCGAGCCAGCGCAUCUUCGAUGUGAAACGGUUGCUGGGUCGAAGCUUCAAAGACACAGCGCUGCAGAGAGAUAUCAAGAACUUCCCUUUCAAAGUGGUGGCUGAUUCAGAUGGCCGUGCUGCCGUGAGCAUCACUGUGAAGGGCAAGGCAGUCGUGAAGAGACCGGAGGAGAUCUCAUCCCUGCUCCUGGCUCAGUUGAAGCAGCGCGCCAGCGAGCACUUGGGACGGGAGGUGCUGCACGCCGUCAUCAGCGUCCCGGCCUUCUUUGACGAUGCCAUGCGCACAGCCGUCAAGGUGGCCGCUGCGGGGGCGAAAUUGGAGGUGCUGCGCAUCAUCAACGAACCCACUGCUGCAGCCUUAGCCUAUGGCCAUGGCGGCCAUGGCCCAUCAACGGCCAGGGAGAUCCUCUUAGUCUACGAUCUGGGUGGCGGCACCUGCGAUGUGUCCAUCCUCCAACGAGAGGCCGAUGGCUUGAAGGUCUUGGCCAGCAGCGGAGAUCCACAUUUGGGUGGUCGCUUGGCUGAGCGCUUGGCGAGCCAUGGAGAUGGCGCCUUGGAGCGGCUCCGCAUCGAGGCUGAAAAGGCCAAGCGACGUCUGAGCAGCGUGCCGCAGGUGGCAGUGAAGCUGGAAGGAUUUGCCAACGGAAAAGAUCUCUCCGAAACAUUGACUCGAGCACAGUUCGAGAAGCUCAACGAUGAUCUUUUUCAGAGAACGCUGGAGCCGGUGAAAACCGCGCUGAAAGAUUCUGGACUGGCAAAGUCCGAUGUGAACACGGUGAUUCUAGCAGGCGGUUCAGCUCGCAUCCCCAAAGUGCAGCAGCUGUUAAGCGAGUUCUUUGAUGGGAAAGAGAACCUUGGACGUCGUACCGCGCUCACGCGGAGCAUCAACCCCGACGAGGUGGUGGCGCAUGGUGCCGCCCUCCAGGCCGCUGCCUUGAGCGUCCAAGGGAGCGGGCAGGAGUUGAGACUCAUUGAUGUAACUCCCUUGUCCUUGGGCAUCCAGACCGCUGGUGGCUUCAUGACGACGGUCAUCAAGCGCAACACACCUUUGCCUGCCGAAAACAUGAUGAUUUUCUCGACUCACAAGGACAACCAAGAGAGCGCCACUGUGAAAGUGUUUCAGGGCGAGCGGUUGAUGGCCAAGAACAAUCAUUUGAUGGGCAGCUUUCAGAUCAAAGGGAUCAGCCCUGCACCGCGUGGUGUGCCGCAGAUCCAAGUUCUCUUUAAGGUGGAUGUGAACGGUUUGGUGGCCGUUGAAGCCACAGACAGCGGAUCUGGCAAGGGUGAGGUCCUGAAGGUCGCUUCAGAACUGAGCCACGAGCGCAUCGAAGAGAUGAUCCAAGAAUCCGAAAGCUUGGAGAAGGAGGAUCAGAAAGACUUCGCGAGGGCGGAGGCCAAAAUGGCCUUGAAGCUCUUCAUUCGCUCCUUGCAUCAUGCUGCCGAGAUGGCUCUGGAGGACGACGCCUCGACAUUUCUGGCCGCUGCCAACGAGGGUGCGGACUGGCUGGCGGCCAACGCGGACGCGGAAGCAGAGGAGAUUCAUGAGAAGAGGGAAGAGUUGGAGGGGAACGUCCCGGAGCUUCCAACGGCCAAGGCCGCGUCCGCUGCAGAAGUCGAAACUUGA